AUGACACCACCCCUCUCAUCUUCUUGGCCCUCCGGCACAAUCCCCAUCGAGAUCUUCGACCACAUCAGCAGCUACUUGUCACGAUUGGACGUCAAGAACCUUCGCCUCGUGAACAAGGAAUUCGAAGAAAAUGUCUCGGCGAAAUACUUCCGCAGCGUCGUCGUGCCAUUCAAAGCUGAGAUGUACACAUCCGCGCAUCGACUCGCGGCGGACAGAGCGUCCUGGGACCACCAAAGUCAAGGCCUCUCGCGGCCUGGCACUUUGCUCUCCGACGGGAUGCGCAUUUUCCAGUCCUUCGGCCAACAUAUCGUGCGCUUCGCGCUCUCCCUCGAGCUGGACGAAGACACUCUUGCCUACCCGCCCACCAAACCCACGCAAAAGGCCAUCCCAACCUACUGGGGCAUCUACCGUUGGCCGCACGACUCGUACAUGCGCUACACCGAGCUCGAGGGGUUAGAGCAGGCCGCAGAUGAGACCGCUAGCUUGAAGGAUGCUCUGCAAUGUCUGAGCCAAGUUCGCGAACUCGCCCUCUGCUGCGACGCCGGCCUGGGCUAUCUCUGCGGCCCGGAUCGAAAUCCCGACUGUCCGCCCAAGCCACACCCCGUCUUCGGUCUUCGCAAUAAACCAUACCAGGCCCGGCAACGACGCCAGGAACGCAUGGGACUUGCUGCCAAGCCCGCAACGAAGCCGGCCUUCGAGAAUCCACACGACUUCAAGUACAAUGUCCUGGCGUCCAUGGUCAGGAGCGCCGGAUACGCCGAGCCGCAGGUCCGGGAUGCUGUCAACGUUCUCCUCUGGACCGAACGUACAUCCUUGAUGGGCAUUGACGUCGACGAAAGGACUAUCUCUGCCCCUUCCAUCGAAACCCCGGACGGCUUCGCGGAGGGCGUCACUAACCACGAUACCAGUCACCCUCUGCAACCGCGGUGGCUGACUCGAGCGCAACAGGAGUUGCUCCUCGAGCUAGAAUGGGUACACCGUGCUCUGAUCCAGUCCUACAUUAUUGCCGUCAUAGACAACUCGCGUGCCUCCCUGUUUCAGUCACUGACAACUCUGACCGUUGCGAAAAUCCCCAGCAGUCACGUCUUCAUGUUCCAGCGGAAUGACUUUUGGCAGAGUCUCCCGAGUCUGAAUGUUGUCUCUUUCGCAGUUGUUCCGGACUGGCGCAACGUGGCCAAGAUCGCACCUGGUUGCCUGCAGGACAUCAGCGUGUCCCCCGUGGAUUCCGUAUCCCACGUAUUUACCUUGCUUCAGGAGUUCGUUGGCCGGCAAAGGAACAUCACCUCCCUUCAUUUCGAAUGGCUUUGCGGCGGCGAGUUUGCACCGGGCCUCUACCAGCGCAACCGAUACGUCCUUCCGGCGCCUCUCUGCAUGCCGACGUGGAUGGUCCAUCCCGACGCAGCCAAGUCGCCAGACCAGUUGUUGUCGCUGCCGUUUGUCAACCACCUAUCGCUGAAGAACUGCUACGCCACGCCCCACGUCUUCGUGCAAGUCCUCCGAACGAUGGCGCUCGAAUCUCUUCAGCGGCUCGAACUGGAGUCGGUUUCCCUCACAGGCCGACCCAUGACGACGGAGCAACUUGAACCCGUGGCUGCCCAAGCAAACCAACCGGCCGUAAACGCCGCCUUGGCCGCCUUGAUUGAACCAGAUCCCACCCACCAGAAUCAGAAUCCGGGCGGCGGCGUUCAGGCUUGGUUCCAGGCCGUCCAAGCCGCGACGCAGAACCCGUUCAACCCGGGCCAAGGCACAUUCGGGAACAACUUGCACCAGCAGCAGCAUCCCGUGCUUUCUCACCUCAACGAGGCCGCUGGCGGCGCUUCUUCGUUUCCUGCCCCCGCGUGGCCCGCUACUACACCCGCGCGGUUGACAAGACCGAGCCUGUUCUCCUGGGACGGGAUCAUAGAUCACUUCACCCCCGGCCCGAACAUGGCGGACCUCAUCUCGUCUGGCCGGGCGAAAUUCGUCAGCCAGCCGUCCACGGACCCGGACAUCAGCAUGGACUUCUUGCCGCAGCCCGGGAACCUGCGCCGGCAGCAGCACGAGUACAAGCUCAACAGAAUGACGUUCAGGUCCUGCGGCUACGUCGGCGUGGCGGCGCCCUUUAUCGACACGAGGAGCGUGCUGCCGGACGGCUCGCCGUGGGAAGAGCCGUUCGAGAUCAACGCACGGCGCAAGGUUCUCGCCCCCUACGUGCAGCAGUGCAGUGACAAGUUGGCGGCCAAGAUCGUCAACUGGCUCCGGCCGCAGGAGCAUCAUAAUCUCUGUGACGCGUUUGGGAUGGGGACGAAGUGGACGAACUGGUAUGACGCCCACGUCAUCCAAGCGGCGAAACUUGACGGCAUCAUGGACCCCGGUCGGGGUCGGUUCAGCGGCGAUAUUGUAGGGGCGAAGAGCCCGCCUUUCUCUCCCCGCUCCUUUGUCUACUACGGGGAGGGAUAG